AUGAGAGGGGCAAACCAGUCGAGUGUCUCUGAGUUCCUCCUCCUGGGUCUCUCCAGGCAGCCCCAGCAGCAGCAGCUCCUCUUCGUGCUCUUCCUGAGCAUGUACCUGGCCACGGUCCUCGGAAACCUGCUCAUCCUCCUGGCCAUCAGCAUGGACUCCCGCCUGCACAUCCCCAUGUACUUCUUCCUCUGCAGCCUGUCCUUCGUGGAUGUGUGCUUCUCCUCCACCACUGUCCCUAAGAUGCUGGCCGACCACAUAUUCGGGAGCCAGACCAUCUCCUUCUCUGGGUGUCUCAUGCAGAUGUAUUUUGUUUUCAUGUUCGUGGACAUGGACAAUUUCCUCCUGGCUGUGAUGGCCUAUGACCGCUUUGUUGCCAUAUGCCACCCCUUACACUACUCAGCAAAGAUGACCCACCAGCUCUGUGCCCUGCUGGUCACUGGGUCGUGGGUCAUUUCCAACCUGAAUGUCCUGUUGCAUACCCUGCUGAUGGCUCAACUCUCAUUCUGUGCAGACAAUGCCAUCCCCCACUUCUUCUGUGAUGUGACCGUCCUCCUGAAACUCUCCUGCUCUGACACACACCUCAAUGAAAUGAUGAUUCUGACUGAGGGUGCCCUGAUCAUGAUCAUCCCAUUUGUUUGUAUCCUGGUAUCAUAUAUACACAUCACCUGUGCUGUCCUGAGAGUCCCAUCCACAAAGGCAAGAUGGAAAGCCUUCUCCACCUGUGGCUCCCACCUGGCUGUGGUUUCCCUCUUCUAUGGCACCAUCAUUGCUGUGUAUUUCAACCCUUCAUCCUCACACUCAUCUGAGAAGGACACCACAGCUACUGUGAUGUACACGGUGGUGACUCCCAUGCUGAACCCUUUUAUCUACAGCCUGAGGAACAGGGACUUGAAAAGGGCUCUUGGAAGAGUGGGAUACAAAUCAACAUUUGCUAUUCCUUCUGCUGGGACCAACCCCCCCCCCCACUUUCUUCUCUCGCUAGCAAUCCUCUUUCACACCUUCAAGAGCCAAGCCAAGUGCCACCUCUUCCUCCAUUAG